AUGUACGACCAUUUCAAAGUUACUGGAAAAAAAGUCAUUGUUUCAGGCGGCGCGAGGGGGAUUGGUGGCACUGUAGCCCGACACCUGGUAGCUGGAGGAGCCCACGUCGCUGUCUUCGAUAUCCUUGACGAGCCUGGACAGGCUCAUGUCGCAAAACUGAACGAACAAGGCCCUGGAAAAGCCUUGUACUUCCAUGUGGACACCUCAAAACGUGAAGAGGUGUUUGCAGCAGUUGCAAAGGCUGUAGAUGCGCUUGGUGGCCUCGAUUCACUCCACAACAUUGCGGGAAUUGAUCUGCCGGUCCCAAUUGCAGACAUAACGGAAGCUGAUGUUGAUCUAACAUUUAAUGUCAACUUCAAAGGAUCUUUAUGGUUAGCACAAGCAGCCGUACCGUUCCUGCAAGCUUCUGGAGGCGGGACCAUCCUCAACACCGGAUCGGACUCUGCAUUAUUCCCCUUCCCAGACAGUUCACAUUAUUCGGCAUCCAAGGGCGCUAUCCACAGCCUUAACCGCUCCAAGUCUACAGCCUGGGCAAAAUACAACAUCCGAGUCAAUGCCGUUAUUCCUGCAGCGAAAACAGAUAUGUACUAUGAGGCAAUGGCUCUAAAGACGCCUGAAGAGCGAGCUGCAACAUUGGCUUGGCAGAAAGCUUCUAUUCCUCUUGGUGGAGAAUUGGGACAAGCUGACGAUGUUGCUCCUACUUGGGUCUUCUUAACAUCGGACGCGGCAAAGUUCAUUACAGGCCAGCUGAUUUCAGUCAACGGAGGCUUGAGUACCGUGCGCUAA